UUUAAUAAAAAGAGUAUAUAAUUGAGAUAAACAUAUUAUCAAUGACCACCUAUAUAUAUUAGUACUAUACUUAUACAAAAUGUAAAAUAUAUUAUCUUCUAAUAUAUUAUUUAAACAAGUCCGGUGAAUAUAAUCACAAUGUUUAAUUGAUUAAUCAAAGAGUAGAUUAUAUAAUUAUAAAUACAACGACACGACAACGAAUGAUAAAACAGUGCUGUUCGUGCCCGAUCCGUGUCUCUUAUCAAUAUAUUUGUUUGCUAGUCUUCAAGUGAACUUCGAAUGCCCUCGCCCGACCUCCUAGUUCCUUGGCCCGCUUAUCACUAUCAGCAUGAAUAAAAUGAGACGACGGAAGGUAAAGAAUUCACACUAAGUUACGCGCUCGUGCACGUUUGUACAUUUGGUAGAUUUCAUUUAUUUAUAGCCAUUAUAAUUUGUAUAUUUUCUUUAAAAACAUAUCAAGUUAGUGUUUAAUUAACUUGUUUGGUGAUUUUUUUCUCCAUCCUGCAUCCAAGAGGAGGAAUGCCAAGUGACUGUCGGGACUGUUUGGGGAUUCGUUUUCGAAUUAACACCCUGCAUCAGACCUGGAAGUGGCUGCAUCAGACUAUCGCCUUACACGAAUACCUGAUCUCCCUCUCGUCGGCUGAUACUGACGCUUGUUGCUCAAUGCAUUAG